ACGGAAUCUUCUCUCAUCAAAACACAGAGUCAUCAUCUUUCCUUUUUGUCCAUUUCUAGGAGGGAUAAAAAAAAAUAUACUUUGAACAAAUAGUUAUAGUUGUUAACUAUUUGUUUAAGGGUCAGUAUUUUGCUCCGACGUAUUCAUUGAAGUUAGAGAAUUAUUUUAAACCAACCCCACAAAUAAGGAGACAAAUUUUAUUUGUCAUUUGAGAUCCACUUCUUCGUCUCUAAGCCAUUCAUAACAGGAAGGAUCAUGAAGAUGAUAGUGGAAAGUAUUGAGAAGAAAUUUGAUGCAGAAGAAGUGAUUGAGGAUUUUGAAGCGUUGACCAAAAAUGCUGGAAGAAUUCAAGAAGAGACACUUCAAAAGAUUCUUGAAGAAAAUGGCGGAACUGAGUAUCUGAAGCAAUGGGGUCUGAAUGGAAGAACUGAUGUUGAGAGUUUUAAGGCUUGUGUCCCUAUUGUCACUCACAAAGAAUUGGAACCUUACAUUCAAAGAAUUGCUGAUGGUGAUCUUUCUCCUAUUCUUACUGGAAAGCCCAUUGAAACUAUCUCCUUGAGUUCUGGUACUACUCAAGGGAAGCCAAAAUUUGUACCUUUCAAUGAUGAAUUAAUGGAGUCCACCAUGCAGAUAUUCAAGACCUCUUUUGCCUUUAGGAACAGAGAAUUUCCAAUUGGGAAUGGGAAAGCUUUGCAGUUUAUUUACAGCAGCAAGCAGUUUAAAACUAAGGGUGGUUUGGCUGCUGGAACAGCCACUACUAAUGUGUAUAGAAAUGCACAAUUCAAGAAAACAAUGAAGGCAAUGUCUACCCCAUGUUGCAGUCCUGAUGAAGUAAUAUUUGGUCCUGAUUUUCAACAAUCUUUAUACUGCCACCUUCUCUGUGGUCUCAUUUUCCGCGAUGAAGUUCAAGUUGUUUCGUCUACGUUUGCACAUAGCAUUGUCCAUGCUUUUCGUACUUUCGAACAAGUAUGGGAAUCACUUCUUGUUGACAUAAGAGAAGGAGUCUUAUCGAGCCGAGUCACUGUUCCGUCUAUAAGAUUAGCCAUGUCAAAAUUGUUGAAGCCUGAUCCAGAACUGGCUGAUACAAUUCAUAAUAAGUGCGCAAAUUUAAGCAAUUGGUACGGCUUGAUUCCUGAACUCUUUCCGAAUACAAAGUACAUAUAUGGCAUCAUGACAGGUUCAAUGGAACCUUACUUGAAGAAACUGAGGCAUUAUGCAGGGGAAUUACCCUUAUUGAGUGCUGAUUAUGGUUCUUCUGAAGGAUGGGUUGGAGUUAACGUUAACCCAAAACUCCCCCCUGAGGUGGUUACUUAUGCAGUGUUACCAAAUAUUGGUUAUUUCGAAUUCAUUCCUCUCAGGGAAAAUUUCGAUGGAAUGGAGCAAGUAAAUGCUCCAGUGGGUCUGACUGAAGUUAAAAUUGGUGGAGAGUAUGAAAUUGUCUUCACCAAUUUUGCAGGUUUAUAUCGUUAUAGACUUGGUGAUGUGGUCAAGAUAAAAGGAUUCCACAACGGGACUCCAGAACUCCAAUUCGUCUGUAGAAGGAACCUUUUGCUGAGCAUUAACAUAGACAAGAACACCGAGAAAGAUUUACAGCUUGCCGUUGAAGCAGCAGCCAAGCACUUGGUAGAUGAAAAACUAGAAGUGGUGGACUUCACGAGCCAUGUCAAUGUCUCAGCUGAUCCAGGACGCUACGUGAUUUUCUGGGAAUUGAGUGGGGAAACAACCGAUGAAAUGUUGCAAGAUUGCUGCAACUGUCUGGACAAAUCGUUCGUCGAUGCAGGCUACGUGAGCUCCCGAAAAGUUAGUGCAAUUGGACCACUUGAACUGAGGAUUGUGAAGAGGGGAACAUUUCAUAAGAUAUUGGAUCAUUUUGUAGGAUUAGGAGGAGCAGUUAGCCAAUUUAAGACACCUAGAUGUGUUGGUCCAAAAAAUAGCUCAUUGAUACAAAUACUGUCUAGUAAUGUUGUUAAGAGCUAUUCCAGUACUGCUUUCUGUUGAAUUGUAUGUAUUUUUCCAGCUUUGUAGCCCUGCUUGGGCAUUCUUAUCUUAAUAAUAGUGUAACAUAUCUUGCUUCAAAAGCCCAGUUGUACAUGUA